AUGGGAGAUAAUGCGAAGAGGGGCACCAGCGGUAUCGACGUGGACCUACGAAGGGUAGAUAUAGACCAGUGCCCGCUGCCGGCCGGUUCCACGCAGCUCAACAUAUUCGCCGCCAGCGACAAAUGCAAAAAGCGCACCACGGAGUGCAUCGCUAUUUCCGGCCUCGGUUUCCGCCGCGGUAGCUAUCGAUGUGUUUGCAAACGAGGCUUUUACUAUCCGGAUACGAAAUCAGACAAGAGAUACUACAACGGCACCGUCAUCGAGGAAGAAUAUGAGAAAUUAAUGAUGGGUGAAAGGAGCCAAUAUGCCGAGAACGGGGUGUUCGAAUGUCUGCCGUGCGCCGAAGGGUGCGAGUCCUGCGAGGACGGCUCGCCUUGUGUGGUAUCCCUCAACUGGCUGAUGAGAACCGCGAUACUGAUCUUGGAGUGCUGCAUCAUCGCCUGCUUGCCAGCCGUCGUUCUUUUCACGUGGAAAUACGGCCAUGUUAAGGUGGUGCGGGCGGCCAGCCCGGUUUUGUUGCGCGUCAUUGUCCUCGGCGCCUUCUUCAUAUAUUGCACAACCAUAGUUAUGUACCCAAGACCAAACAUCAUCACAUGCACUGUGCGCGUGUGGCUACGAGAAAUUGGCUUUUCCCUCACAUACGGAGCACUGAUGCUCAAAACGUGGCGGAUAUCCGUGAUCUUCCGAGUGAAAUCGGCGAAAGCCGUGAAAAUAACGGACGCGAGUCUGCUAAAGCGGCUGGGCAUCAUCGUCCUGACGUUCAGCGUGUUCCUGAGCAUAAGGACUCUGGUCGCGCCGCCCGUCGUGAUCGUCGCGCGGACCGCCGACGACCUCAAAGCGUACCUCUGCCGAACUGACUGGUGGGACCACAGUUUCACUACUCUCGAGGUGAUGUUCCUCGUGUGGGGCAUCCGCUUGUGCAUCGUAGUAAGAAAAACUCCGUCGGAGUUUAAUGAGAGUCGAUUCAUUUCAAUGGCGAUUUACAACGAAUUUCUACUGUCAGUCUUCCUCAACGUUUCAAUGUUGUUCCUGCAAUCGCCGGCCAAUCCGGAUUUAUUGUACAUCAUAUUUUUCUGCCAUACUCAGCUUACCGUCACAUUGCUGCUGUGCCUGAUAUUCGGCAGUAAAGCUUACGUGGUGUUCCGCGGCGGAGGGAAGGAGGAGACGAUCGGCAAACUUUGCGGCGCAACCGGCAAGUUCCUGGGGAAAAGCAGUCGUCCGCAGGGCACCAGUAACCAGACCAACUCGAUAUCCCUUCAGCAGGGUAAUUUUGCCGAAGAAAGCGACUCAGCCACGGAGGAGUUUCGCCGAUUGCUCAAUCAGUUAGAAGUCCUGAAGGAGAAGAACGUUUUGCUAGGAAAUCAAGAGUUAGUCAGCAAGUUAGCGGCCAUGCUGGACGUUUCAAAUCGCGUCGAGGCACAAGUGUCCACGAUUCAAGCCAUCUCGACCAGUAUUGUUCAGUUGAACGAUCUCAAUAAAUCAACAGAGGAAACCAACGUUGGACAAGUUUGCCAGGAGCAGGACCGAGCAGGGAACGGUUCUCAGGGUGAAAAUCGGUGCCGCGCGUGCAUCGAAAAGAACGGUAUCGGGCUGAAGGAUACGCAAGAUCCUAUGAAGGAUAACGAGACGCCGGAUGUAAAGAAAGCUAGCAGGGACAUCGCCGUAUCGACCUCCUCGAGGCAGGCCGGCGAGGAUGUCGAUAGAGAAGUGUGUCGCGAAAAGGAUAACGGUAAAGAAACCGACACGAAGGACAAGUCCAGGAGCAAGUCCGGCCACGCCAGAACACACGCUAUAGUUAUCAACUUGGACGACAAGAGCAGAUUUUCCGAGGAGGUUACCGUGUAACGUUAAGUCGUCGUCGGGUGAAAAAUAAACGAGCGGGACCGCGAUUCCUUUCGGGAUCUAAUCGAUCGGACGCGCCAUUUCCAUUCCGUCGUGAUUUCAUCGCGAAUGACAUUCACUUCGUCUCGGCCCAUAACCGAAAGUAUAACUAUUAAUCUCAGAUUCUCGGACGAAUGAACGCUUCAUCUCCCUGCCCCCCCCCCUCCCCCUCCCCAACCGAGUUAGGUAUGAAGAAAUAUCUUCGGUUAAAAUCGAUGAAUUUUAUCGUUAUCACGCGAGAGUAAUAUUCUAUGGCAAAAAAAUAAAGUGAAUUUUAACACUAGUGUGCAUUCUCCCUCUCUAAUUUAUUAAUUCAUACUGUGAGUGAUUCGAGGCAGCAUUUAUAACAGUCUUUGAAUUAAAAUUAAUUAAACAAUUUCUCUCUUUCUCUCUCUCUCACUCUCUCGAUUAUCGAAUAUAAUAAUGAUUUCAAAGAGCUAAGUCGGAGAUUUUAAUUGAAGAGUGUUUCGCGAUUUAUACAGGUUCUUCAAUUCUGUUCUUUCCUUAAUUAUUAAAAAAAAAAGUCGUUGAAUCGGAAUGAUUUCCUCUGAUAAAAAUUACUCGAGCAAUCUUUUAAUUAUCUUCGGGAAGUGAUAAUUAUGCGCGGGAAUUGACGAGAGAGGCGCGGCACACAUAUCGACUUUACGAUGCGAAUCAAGCACAAUCGAGAGGUAACGGGGGAAAAAAGGGAUCCAUUAGAUUAAUCGCGUUGUUUGGAAUUUUCGCGAGACCGUUCGUAUCCUAAUGCGUCAUUAAUGAACCGUUCAUUAACCCUUAGGGAGUAAUUUGCCCUUCCCGGCGGCAAAUCGAUCUCGGCCACGGGCUUUCCAAGAUCGAAAUGCGCUUCGUCAGCGUGCUCGCGGAUUACGGAUAGCCCCUGAGCCUGUAAUUAUAUAUUAAUGUGAAAGCAACUUAAGGGUGUAAGGAUCAUUAACCCUUUCAAGCUCGCCGAUGCCGCGAAGUAUCGUUAAAAUUUUCGAGUUAUGGGAUCGUUUCAAUUAAUUUCCCAAGGCCGUGCUCUAAGUAACGACGAUAAAUAUGUAAGUGAUACAACGUUGCGUUAUAUACAAUUAUGUAAAUAUAUAGACCGUGUUAUAUACGAUAUUGAUACGUGCCGUAUAUGUUGUAUAUUUAUUACAUCACAUAUAUUCUAUUGUAUAUUAUAUGAUUGUAUUGUUAGGAAAAUAUAUACGUACAUAGGAGUACAUAAUUGUCUGCAAGAAAGGUUUCUGCCAAAAAUAAUUUGAGCUUGAAGGGGUUGAGGAGAAAAUGUUUAACGCUGCCUUUAUUUAGAUAAACGAUUGCUAGUCUCACGUGCGUGCAGCUGUCGAAGAUAAUUUGGUCAACAAAUUUAUCAAAAUUCCACGACGAUUUUCAACCCGCGAAGAUUCGACGCUGAAAUCGAUUGACUACAAAAUUAUUGGACUUUUGUUGUUUACUUCUUGAAUUUCCGAGCUUUAAUUUUCUUGACUUUUUCGAUCUCGGAAAAUUCUUGAGCUCUCACUGAGCACGCGCGAUAUUUUAUUCAUCAUAAGCAUGCAUUAUUUAUUUCUACGUGCCAUCGUCAUCAUACAUUAUAAAUUAUUAUGAAUAUUUCGUCCUAAUUUAUGCAAUCAAUAAUGCGAAGUAACUCCUGUACGUGUAAAUUGCUGACCGUAUCAUAAAUGUUACUUUAGUAAUUAUCGUUAGCCAUACAUUAUAUUGUACGUAUAGGGUAAGUCAACGCGUUGUA